AUGUCUUACAAAUCCACCGUGAAGACCCAAAGCAUCAGCUGCAGGGGCUUCAGUGCCAGCUCAGCCAGAGUCCCUGGGGUGUGCCGCUCUGGCUUCAGCAGCUUGUCCCUGUCCCGCUCCAGGGGGAGUGGUGGUCUCACUGGAGUGUGUGGAGGAGCUGGCUUUGGCAGCCGCAGCCUCUAUGGCCUGGGGGGCUCCAAGAGGAUCUCCAUCGCAGGGGGCAGCUGUGUCAUCGGUGGUGGCUAUGGCGGCAGAAUUGGAGCUGGCUAUGGUUUCGGGGGUGGAGCCGGGAGUGGAUUUGGUUUCGGUGCUGGGGCUGGUAGUGGCUUUGGGCUCCAUGGGGACGCUGACUUUGGAGGUGGCUAUGGAGUUGGCUCUGGCUUCCCUGUGUUUCCCCCUGGAGGCAUCCAAGAGGUCACCGUCAACCAGAGUCUUCUGACUCCCCUCAACCUGCAAAUCGACCCCACCAUCCAGCGGGUGAGGACUGAGGAGCGGGAGCAGAUCAAGACCCUCAACAACAAGUUUGCCUCCUUCAUUGACAAGGUGAGCUGGGAGCAUCUGCCCCAAUGUAGUUCCUGGAGAAACAAGCGCCUGGACACCAAGAGGACCCUGCCUCAGGAGCAGGGACCCAAGCCCAUGAGGCUGACCCUAGUGACUAUGUUUGAGUAG